GCAAUUGACAGAUCAUUGAACAGAAAGAAAUAUAAUGUAUUUUUUUAAUGUACAAAAUUGAAUUUUUGAGGCAAACAGAUGUAUUGUCUGAAUUUAAGGCAUAUAAAAUGUAUAAUUGCAGUCCCGUUGCAUUGUGUCGUUCAAUGGAGACGCUGUCGAAGACGGGCGCGGGCGCGCUGGCCAGCGUGCCGGAGGAGCCGCGCGGCGCCACGCCCCAUGCCGACGCACCAGAUGAGAUCAUUGAAAUUGACAGCGAUGACGACGCGCCCGCGGACGUGCAAACCUGUUCUCCAUACCACAAGUGUUUUAAGUCAACAAAAACCCCGCCCUGUGUAUUGAGAAAGAACGCACAAGAAGCUGAGAGAAACUUUAGGGAUAUCCUGGAGCUCACGGAAAGAGAGAAAUUAUAUAAACCUGAUGUGGUUGAAUUAUUGGAAAAACUAGAAAAUAACACAACAGUGAUUGCUAAGCUAGAAGAAGAGAUUGUUGCACUGACCAGUAUUAAAAAAGAUAAUGAAUUAAAGGUAGAAAUGUUAAAUGAAAAAAUAAGAAAAAACGAGGUGGAGCUCCAAUUAGAAGAACGAUGUAAAGAGUUUGUUACGAAACUAACAGAUUGGGAAGUAACAUAUGAAACCCUCAUGAAAAAAUCCAAGAGCAGAGAGGAUGAACUGCUUUCCCGCUUAGAGGAAUAUUCUAAAACAACGAAACCCGUCGGAAAUUUUAAAUCACCAGAAAUCACAGUGCUGAAAGAUAUACCGAGAGGCUUAUCAUUAGUUGACAGUGAUAACAGUGUGAGCACUGAAAUAUCCGCAUGCGAUAGCACGUCUGAAAAUAUUCGACAAAUUAUUACAGAUCUUAAAGAACAACUCUCAGUAAGGGAUAAAAAUAUAACAGAGUUAGAAGCCAAACUACUCGAACAGAGCCAAAAGGUAUUUAUUUUGGAAAAUAAAACACAGGAGUUAGAUGGAUUGAUAAUUUCACUCGAGGAAAAGUUAGCGGAUUCAGAAAAAGAGACUUCUCUUCAUAAAAAUACGAUAGAUACGUUGAAUACUUUACUUGAAAACCAAAAAUGUAACCUGGAAACGGCGACGAAAGAUUUACAGUCUUAUAAUGACACAAUUCAAGAACUACGAAAACAAUUAACUGGAAAACAAAAUGUCCGUUAUUCUCUCAAUGACGCCGAAGUAGAACAGUUGAUUGACAUUGAAGAGAAAAGUAUUGCUAAUAAUGAAAAUGUAGCUAAUAUUAUUCAAUCAUUGGAAACUGCUCUAGAAACUAAAAAUAACGAAAUAGAACUUCUUAAAUCUACUAUGCAGAACAGCGAAGAAAGAGAUAAUAAUACGACAUCUUCAGAAAAACUGGAAUCUGAUUCACAACUAAUUAAAGAACUGCAAAAGGAAGUAACGGUAUUAACACAACAGCUACAAGAUAUUCAGACUGAAAAAGAAGAACUAUUACUGGGAAAAACUAAUUUAUUGUUUUCGUUAGAUGAUCUUAACAAUGAAUUUGCAGUUUGCGCAGAGAACAAAAUUGAAUUAGAAAGUAAAAUAAGAAUGUAUGAAACAGAAAUUAAAAAUACAAAAGAAAGAAAUGAAGAACUACUAAAUACUUUAAAUGAGAAAGCAAUCGCCGUAACAGAGUUAACAGCUAAGAAUACUGAACUGCUAAGUCAACUAAAAGAUAAUACUGAAAAAACUAUUCACUUACAACACGACCUGCAAUUAAAAGAUGCCGAGAUUGGUUCUUUACGUGACUCUAACAGUGAUAAUGUAAAUAAAAUUCAAGCAUUAAUAUUAAAACUACAUAAUAUUUUGUCUAUUAUUAAAGGUACCAAUGACGACUGUCCAAACACAAAUAAUUCACUCGAUAUUUAUGAAGCGCUAAGUGAAAAAAUAACAGACCUAUGUAAUAAUACAUCUGCAAUAAUAAGUGAACGAGAUGAUAUUAAAAAUCAAUAUACUAACUUGUCAUCUUCAAUAAUGAGUACCGGGAAACAAUUUAUUACAGCAAUAAAAUCUGCUAUUGAUGACAUUGGAAUGAUAAAAACACAGGUGUUACAAAAACCUUUGGGUGAAUCGAAAAUCAGUGAAAAUGGAAUUCACGAAAAACGUUUAGACAAUGAUGGUAGUAAAGAGUUGACUCACGUAAAAGAAAAUAUAUCAUUUUCGGAAACAAAGCCUUUGUUAGAUGAAAUAUCUGGAUUGAUCGCACAAAUGAAACAAUCAAUUGACAGUAUUAAAUUAGAAUCGAAAUCUAGUAUUGAUGCUUUAACACAUUUAGUAGAAGCACGAGAAUCAAAGUUAGCGGAACUUGAUCAUAAAAUAAAUGAAUUAACUGAAGAAGUGGACAAAAAAUCACAGCAACUCAUAUCUGCUGUAGAAGAAUGUAAUAGAGCUAAGGAAGAUAGUUACAAAACAUUUAAGGACAUUGUAGCUACAAUUUUAACCAUGGCUCAAAAGUUAAAUAUAGAACAUAAUAUACCAUGUGCCAAAGAAACUGACCAAUCACGAACUUAUUUCGGCAACAAUAUUGUCCCUGUACUGGAUAAUGUAGUUCGUCUCUUUUUGAUAAAUAAUACAGAGAAAGAAGAAAAUGUCCUCCAUGCUAAUAAAGAAAUGGAACAUUUGGCUGAACAAAAUAAAUUAUUAAAUAAAAAUAUGUUGGAAAUUGAAGAAAGUAGAAAUGAACUGUCAAGGGAUUUACAAGAAGAACGAGAAAAUAAUAAAAGUUUGAUUCGAAAUUUAAAGACUACAUCGAAUUUACUCGAUGAUUUAAAGCAAGAGUUGAAUAUAAAGGUUGACGAAAUAGAUGCCAUGAAAAACAAAAUGCUUGAAUGGAAAGAUAAAUUCACUAAACUUGAUUUGAUGAAAAAAGAACAAAAUGAAGUCUACGAAGAGAACAUGAGAUUAAAAGAAAAAUGUCGAAAAUAUGAGUUAAUUCAAAAAGAAUUUAAAACAAAUUCUGACUCUUUUCUUACAGAUAUGAAAGAAAAAUAUGUGAAAGAAUCAAUGCAAAACGUUAAAGAAAGGGAUUCCCAAUCUCCUCUAAGUUUGAUGACGCUUAGCUGUAACAGAAUUAUACAAAUCAUACAGGACCGGGAUGACGCCUCGCAGACCGUAACAUCAGUCAGUUCUAAUUCAAAUAUAGAUGAAAAAGAGACAGAAUCAUUGCUUAGUUGCUAUCAGUGCAGUAAACUAAAAGCUGAUUUGGAGUAUGCUCAAAAUAAAAAUCACAAAUUAAUUAAUCUCGUGGAAGAAUCAAAAUCGGUGAAUGAAAACUUAAUGCAAGAAAUAAAGGAUGCGUCUACCGAAAUAAAGUCACUUAUGGAUUACACAAAUGAUUUACAAAAACGGAUACUCAGUCACAAAACAAAUCUUUCUACUUUAACCGCAACAACUUAUGCUGAGAACAAGUCUUUAAGUUCCCAGGUGAAGUUCUUACAGCACCACCACACACGGUUUCAUACCGUGUGCCAGAGAGAUCUGCCAGAAUUAAAAGACCAAUUGCAUGAACUUAUGAAGUUACUUAGAGAAGAAAAUUUAGAAGGAAAGUUAAACGCUAGCUUUAAAAGAUUCUCUUUACCCAGUCCGUUAGAAAAUAAUUCGAUUUUAUAUAGUUUUAAAAAUGAAUCUACAUUAGACGGAGAUCUUUUGAUGUUAGACACAAAUGUGACUUUAGUCAACUCAGCAGAUAAUACACUCACAGGUCAUGACCAAACAUGUUUCGAGGCAGCUGAGGCUUGUAUAUACAACGAUACGGCUUCUCAAACACCCGCUUGCUAUCUACAUGAUUCACACGAAUCUUGCAAUAGAAACAUUGAAACGAUUCAAUCGUUAAAGUUAGAAAAUCAAAAACUCAACGACAUGGUCGAAAAGUUAAAAGAAACGGUUGUAGUCAAAGUUGACGUUGAAACUAGUCCGAUUAAAGAUAUUUAUUUUGAAAAUAACUCUAAAAGCAAUUCAGGAUGUCAAAAUUGUAAAUAUAAAGAAAAAUGUGAUCUAUUAAUUCAAGAAAUUGAUGAUUGUAAACUUAGAUACAUAAGUUUGUCUGGUCAGAAAGAAGAUGUCGAGAAAAAGUAUAAUUUAGAAAUUCAAUCCGCUGAAGGUUUAAUGAGAAAAUUAAACAAUUUUGAAAAAGAGCUUGCUAACAAAAACAAGAGUAUAGAAAAACUCUCAACAUCAUUAAAAGAUACAAAAGCAAAACUCGAUAGCGUUCAAGAAGAAAACGAAAAUUUGUCUACCGAAAUUAUAGAAUCUCUUAGUACAGUUGAUAGUCUCAAAUCGGAACUUGAUUCAAUUAAAAAGAAUAAUUUAAAAACAGAUAUUGUAACGCCUGUAGACAAAUUAGAAAACGCCAAAAAAUUAGAUAAGCAAUGUCCUGAUUGUCUUAACAAACAGGAAAUUAUUAAAAUCCUACAAAGUAAAAACUCAAAUACGCACACUCGGUUGAAUAGGAGUUAUAGUGAUUCUGAUAGCUCAUCGAGGUACAAUAAAAUAUGUACACUACAAAAUGAAAUAGUUGCGAGCCGAGAGGAUUGUGAUGAAUUGAAAGAAGAAGUUAGUACUAUUAAAAACCAUUUAGAGGUUGGCAACGUAUCGAUGGGUGAAGCGAUGGAUUUAGAUGAAAGUAUGAGCGAUGUAAAUAUCGUUGACGUUAAUAAAUCAUAUAUGCCAGAGAUUUCUGAAGAACAAGCAGCAGAUAUUUAUAGUAUUGAUAAAACGGACUGUUACAAUUAUUACAUAGAACUAAUCGGCGAAGAGGGAACGAAUCUUAAUAGGGACGUGAAAAUUAUUGAUAUAAUGAAAACGUUGUAUUCUAAAUUGAUGACCAGGCACGAAAAUCGUAUUGAUAAUUUGGUUAAUAAGUUAAGAGAUUACGAAGCUUCAAAGCAUGAAUUACAAGAAAAAAUAAGAAAUUUAGACAAUGCCUUAGAAGAAAGUAAAAGAAACACGCAAAAGAUUCAAAACAAGUUUUCAGUACUAAUAAAUAAUACUAAUAAAUUGAGCAGCGCCAUUGAAUCUGUUAAAAACAAUGAUAGUACAGGAAUCGAUUUAUUCAAAACGCAAAUUCUAAUGGUUCUUGACACCGAAUUCUCGACUAAUACUCUUAAUAUUUUCGAGAGCAUUUAUAACAAACAUUUAAGCAGUUUAAAAACAACUAUGGAAGAAUGUGUAAGACUACAACAAAAUUCGCAAAAGCUGGAUAACGAACUUAAAAUUGCCAAAAAUGAUUUAAUUAAAUUGCAAGGUCAAUUGAAUUCCAAGGAAAAUGAGUGCAAGGUACUGCUAGCUGAAAAAGAAAAGAUCAAUGAAGUUAGUAAUGAUUUAUCUCUGAACCUUCGUAAACAGGAGAAAGUGUUUAUUACGGCGAUUGCCGAAGGUUACCAAAAGCUUGUUGCAGAGAAUGUAUUAGAAGAAAACUACUUUGAUACUGCCCUUCCGACAGUUAAAAAUGUAAAUAUUUUAUUCGACAAAUUAGUUAAUCAAAAUAAAGCAAAACCCUCUUUGGGAGAUGCAGAUCAAAUAGAAAAUCUUAAACGGGAGAUAACAAAUUACAAAUAUAUUAUAGAACAGAAGAAUAAAGAUCUCCAAGUGCAAACAGAUCAAUGGGAAACAAUAAAUAAGAAUAAUGAAAAAAUUAAGGAAGAACUUCAACAAAAAGACGUUAAAAUACAAACACAGAAAUCACUAUUUGAUGAUUUAAAUGCGAUUUAUAACAAGAAAGUAGAAGAAUACGAUGUACAAGUUACGCUAGUUCAUAAUUUAACUUCGGAAGUCAGUAUUUUAAAGGAGUUCAUUUCAAAGAAAGAUACGAUGUUACAAGACCUGCAAAGCAAGCUUAAUAACGUAGAAGAGGAAUAUAACAACUUAAAGAUCGUUAAUCAAAUGUUAACGAAUGAAAAGGAAGCAAUGGCGGCCAGGUUGGGAAAAGCUGAGAUAGAAAUAGAAAAAAAUAAAAUAGACUCAGCGAAAUUGGUAUCAGAAAUGAAUACUCUUAAAGCAUCCCUCAAAGAAAACGAUAAUAAUGUGGAUUGUAUUAAAAAGGAAGCGAAAUCUUUGAUGAAACAAAAUGAGCAAUUAAAACAAGAAUUUGAACAAAAAUGCAAAGAUCUGGCGCGAUUGGAGUUUAACAUCAAAACUCACGAGACAACGGCAAAGAUACAAACUAAUAUGAUCUCAAGGUUACAAAAACAAAAAGAAGAGGACAUGAACAUAAUAUCACAGAAAGAGAAGCAACUAAAAGAAUUGAGUGAGAGAAUAAGUUCUCUACAAGAGGAGUGUGUCGGCAUGAGAGAGAGUAUUGAAGCAUUGAGACACGAGAAAGAUGCAUUAACACAUUUGAAGCUAAGCCUUGAGGAAAAAAUAUGUCAACUAAAGAAGGAAGUGGAGUGCGGGCGGCCGCGGCUGUCCAUCGAGAGCGUGGUGGAGACGGCGCGGCGCCGGCGCCAGAGCAUACAGGACUCUAACAGGACAUUUGGCGAAAAACAUGAUCAGCACAAGUCGGAGUGGGCGCAGGAGGAGGACAUGUUGAUGGAGGUGGACGAGUGCGCCUCCAGCCGCAGCACUCCGCAACGACACUCCAAGGGACGCGAAAGCUUGCAAAGAGAAGAGAGCGAGGGCGAGGAGGGGCGCGAGGGGCGCGAGGGAGUACCGGAGCUAGAGGAGCGCUUGAGUGUCUGCCAGCAAGAGUUGGAUGAGCUGAAGGAGAGGUACCGGGAGCUGGACGAGGAGUGCGAGACGUGCGCCGAGUACCUGCGGGAGAGGGACGACCAGUGCCGCAAGCUUAAGAAAGAGAAGACCACUCUAGAGAACAUCAUAAAGGAGUUGAACGAGAAAUUGCAACGCGGCCAUGACACAAGUCGCGGCGGCGCUAAGAUUGGGCAAAUCUACAUUCAGUGGUAG